AUGAAGAACUUACUAGAAAAAUCUACCAAAAAUAGCAAAGAACCUAUUAAGCAAACACUGAAAAUGACAAAUUUACCCACAAAUAACAAUAAAGCUCCUACUAUGGCUCCAACUAUGUACUGUUUUAACAUGGCUUCAAUAAAAGCACAAAUGGCUCCAAUAACAAUGGUUCAAAACAACAACUAA